AUGUCGGCAUUGCUUGUAGGGCUCGAUGCCGACGAGCUCGCAAUGAUCAGCGCUCAGCGGAUAAGGACCUACAGAGACAAACGGGCGAAAAACAUUUCGAUUCCUAGGAGCGCCAUCCUUCCUCUCACACACCAUUACCCAACCGACGUCUCCAUUUCCCUCCCAGUUACAGCCAUGCACUCGUCCCGCUUUCCUCUCGAACUUAUCGCAGAGACGCUCUUCUACCUGCAAGAUGAUGUAGAGACCAUCAAGCGAGCCUCCCUCAUAGCUCGUAUUUGGUAUGAGGGUUCACGCCUGUACUUGUGGAAUCACAUCUAUCUAGGCCCACCCAAGCCUGCAAUGCGCUGCAAACAAAUGCGCAAAAUCAUCGAAGCUCGACCAGCCGUUGCGGCGAGGGUAAAGCGCCUCACGAUCGUCGACGAUGCGAAGGACCAUAAAAGCGAUUACGCAGACGGAUGGCUCAAGCGCUCUCACGAUGUCCUUGCCAUUCUGCCUCUGCUCGUAUCCAUUCAUGAGGUAUCAGUGAAAUGUCGCUGGUACUUCAACUGGGCAUUAGCACCACUCCAAUUACGUGCCGCAUUAUUCGAUGUUUUCUCAAAUCCUCACGUCCGCGAAAUCGACUUGGUCGGAAUGAAGUAUAUGCCAAUCACCCCAUUUGCUCAUUUCUGUCAUCUCGAAUCCCUUUCGCUAGAGAGGAUAGAAGUCGACAGCAGAGAGGAAGACGCCUGCUUUCCCGUCAACCGCGCAAACAGCACCACUAACUCAAUGAAGGCGCUGCACAUUGGAGAAGCAGGGAGGGCUGUUGAAGUGUUGUUGAAGUACGUCACUCGCCUGAAAGGCAAUUCUGCAAAUAUUGGCGUUGGCGGCCUUAAGCCACGCGAUCUAUCCGUCAGCACUAUCAACUUCAAGGGUGCCGAGCAGCCCUGGACUACCAUCCUGGACUCAAUAUGCUCGCGGGUGACUACAUACACCAUUAUGCUCGAAUGGGCCCAAGACUUCCCAGAACAACUUUACCAAUUCCAUCGCUUCCGGCGCCUCGCGCGACUUCGCUUUGUUGCUUCAUGGCGGUACAUUGGGAGGCAGGGGAUCUUCUAUGCCCCUCUUUACGCCUAUUCUCAGCGUAGGCCAUCUUCCGGCAUGCGCACCUUUCAACUGGCGGUGGACUUCUACGAGCCUGGUGUCACAUCCACUCGAAUGAUGGACAUAAUCCUUUUCGACUUCUUGGGAUCGUGGGCGCAGCGUUGGAUCGAGAACCUAGACGGUAUACUCGGAGGAGAAGUAGCCGACUUUCCCCAACUUGAAGAAGUGGAGUUCACAGCGGUUCUUCGAUCUGCCCUUUCUGAAAAUGAUUGGGGCCUCGUGAAAGAGACACUAGAGUCUCAUUUUCCUCGCGUCAAGGCAAAGGGAAUAUUAAAGAUUCGCAGGGUGACCUAUCUGUACAACGAUGGGAUGGGCAGUGCCUUCAUUCUCCGACCGAGAAAGAUUAUGUCAAUCCGUAGUGGGCAAGACUGA